GGAAACAUUCUGGUAGUGAGCAACUCCUGAUGCAAACAUGCUCAUUUCCUAACAACGUUGAAGCUCAUUUCCUAAAUAUAAGGUUAACUUGGUAAUUUAAAGAUUGAAUUUCCACCUAAGUCCCUGGUGUCUAUUUAAGGAACCUGUUAGCGUGGCGACAUUUCCAUACUUGUUUUGACGCGCGCCAGUUUCUUCUUCAUUCUUGGAAAUACGCAAAUUUCUUAUAAAUUUUCCCAAUUACUUUCAUUUUCCCACAAACAAAAAUAUCAAUUAUGGGAUUUGGAAGUGAUAAGCUCGCAUCAGCAGCAAUGUCUGAUUUCUUGAGGAACAAUGGUGGUUAUGCUGUGAUCGAUGGUGGCUUUGCUACUGAACUUGAAAGACAUGGUGCUGAUCUUAACGACCCACUUUGGAGUGCUAAGUGUCUCAUCGAUUCUCCUCACUUAGUUAGAAGGGUGCAUCUUGAUUACCUUGAAGCUGGUGCAGAUAUUAUCAUUACGGCAUCUUAUCAAGCUACAAUCCAAGGUUUUGAGGCAAAAGGCUUCAGCAAAGAACAAAGUGAAGCUUUGUUGCAAAAGAGCGUCCAAAUUGCGUGUGAAGCGCGUGGCGUCUAUUGUGAGAAUAAUGGAAAUGAAAGAAGUCUCCGAAAUUUUCCCAUUUUGGUUGCCGCUUCAGUAGGUAGCUAUGGGGCUUAUUUAGCUGAUGGGUCUGAAUACAGUGGGAAUUAUGGUGAAAAGGUUACACUAGAAUAUUUGAAAGAAUUUCAUAGGAGAAGGAUUCAGGUUCUAGCAGAAUCUGGUGCUGAUCUGAUUGCAUUCGAGACGAUUCCGAAUAAGCUUGAAGCCCAGGCUUAUGCAGAACUGCUUGAAGAAGAUGAUAUAAAGAUCCCAGCAUGGUUCUCCUUCAGUUCAAAGGAUGGUGUGAACGCGGUCAGCGGAGAUUCCAUCCUUGAAUGUGCUUCGGUUGCUGAUUCAUGUGAGAAGGUUCUUGCUGUUGGGAUCAACUGCACCCCUCCUCGAUUUAUUCAUGGACUGACUCUGUCAAUUCAGAAGGUGACAGGCAAACCAAUACUUAUAUAUCCCAAUAGUGGCGAGACAUAUGAUGGUCAGACAAAGACGUGGAUAAAAUCUACUGGGGUAUCCGACGUGGACUUCAUUUCCUACGUGAACAAAUGGCAUGAAGCCGGUGCUGCUCUCAUAGGAGGCUGUUGCAGGACUACUCCGAAUACUAUUAGAGCUAUAGCGAACAACCUGUCCAAAGGACCUGAUGCUCCUAGGCCAUCUGAGCCUGUAACAUCUUCCCAUCCGGUCUAUCAACUUGUAAAAUGAGAGGCAAGAUCAGCGCAUGUGCUGUUAUGGUAGUAGUUAUUGCAUGUUGUUUCUAUGUUUUUCCUCAGUUCCUUGUCUUAGUGUUUCUUUUCCCUUGUAUGUACAGAUGAAAACUCAAGAAAUAAACUUUAAGUGCUCGAAAGUUCUCAUUC